GCUUCUGGGUCCCUGUCUUAUCUCUUUCACUCGCCGGUGACCCACAAGUCUCCGAUCACUGGACUAAUCGGUAUGUGACGUCAUCCAAUCGCUGAGAGGGGUGCGAGCUAUGCACCCACCAUGUCCACCUGGUGCGCAAUAUAAUGGGUAGUGGAAGUAUGACGAUGACUGCUAUGCUUAGCUUAUUGUGAAUUCUUUGACUCUAUCAGAAUCACACAAUGACACGCAGAAUACAAGUACAUUAACAAAAUCAAGUAGUCUUCACCUUCAAUAAUACAGCUUCAUCUCAUAUACUAUAAUCGAUUCAAACAGUAAGUCGAAUAUUAUAAUAUAAUUGGUGGAAUAUCACAACGAAGAGAAUUAAAUUAGAUGCUGGAGGGUCCCUUGCUCUCUUUUAAGCUGCGUUGUUCCUCUGUCGAUCAUGUUGGGAGCUUAGGGUCUUGCAAAGGAUAGUCCUUGCUUCGGGGUCCAAGGAAUUUCGCUGUGGUUUCGUAGGUUAUCAAGUGACAAGUUGGCAUGAUUUGAGCGGGAAAAGCUUCUGAAAGUAGCUUUUAGUUAAAGCAGUUUCUUGUAAAAACAAUUGGUGUUAGUGCUGAUUGAAAUCCUGCACUAAUCAGUCCAAAGAGCAUGAAUUCAACAUCCACACAGUUUGUUUCUACGAGAAGGAUGGGUUUAUAUGAUCCUAUCCACCAGAUUAGCAUUUGGGAAGAAAACUUCAAGAAUACUUGUAAUUUAAGUGCAUCUGUGUCUGUGCCCUUAAUUGGUGAGGCAGAUGUGAAGUUAGAUAAUCAGUCAGAGGAUUCUUCUCAUGGAAUGCUCGGAAUUCCAAGGAAUUAUGACCAAGAAGCUAAUAAGUCUAUUGAAAAGAUACAAAGACGCCUUGCACAAAAUCGAGAGGCUGCUCGUAAGAGUCGUCUGCGGAAAAAGGCUUAUGUUCAGCAAUUAGAAUCAAGUCGUUUGAAGCUGAUCAAGUUAGAGCAAGAGCUGGACCGUGCAAGACAGCAGGGAUCUUUUAUAGGUUGUGGAUUGGAUUCUGAUAAUUUGGCAUUUGCUGGAUCUUCAAAUUCGGGAAUUGCAACCUUUGAGAUGGAGUACGGACACUGGGUAGAAAAACAAAAUAGACAAAUUUGUGAGCUGAGAAAUGCUUUAAAUGCUCAUACCAGUGACCCAGAGCUCAGAAUACUUGUAGAUGCUAUAAUGAAUCACUAUUCUGACCUUUUCCGCAUGAAAUCAGCAGCUGCGAAAGUGGAUGUUUUCUAUGUUUUGUUUGGCAUGUGGAAAACAACAGCCGAGCGGUUUUUCUUGUGGAUCGGAGGAUUCCGCCCAUCUGAGCUUCUAAAGGUUAUUGUCCCUUUGAUCGAACCCUUGACAGAACAACAACGAAUGGAUGUUUAUAACCUAGGACAAUCAUGCCAGCAAGCAGAGGAUGCCCUUUCUCAAGGCAGGGACAGACUUCAGCAAAUACUUGCUGAGACUGUCGCAGCUGGACAACUGGUCGACGGAACUUACAUUCCUCAGAUGGCUAAUGCAAUGGAGAAGCUGGAAGCUUUGGUGAGCUUUGUGAACCAGGCUGAUCAUCUUCGGCAGGAAACCUUGCAACAAAUGUUCCGAAUCCUAACAAUUCGUCAGGCAGCUCGGUGCUUGCUUGCUUUAGGGGAAUAUUUCCAACGCUUGCGGGCUUUGAGCUCCCUUUGGGCUAAUCGUCCUUCCGAACCCCCUGCUUAGUUUUGCAAACACAGAACAACCUUGUGACAUGAAACAGAGACAAGUGAGUGGCCUGCGACUCCUACAACGCAAAACGCGUCUUCUCCAAGACCAUGAAAACGUACCAUGCGUGGUGCAGGGAGCCUCCAAUUUUUCCAGCUGUCUUAGUGCCAUGGAGAAGUUGUAAAUAUGGACUAUGGUCAUCAUAUACAAAGGAGUAUGUAAAUAAAUUAAUGGUGGCAGCUAGGCGAUGCUGCCUUAGAUGAAACUUCUAGAAUAUGUAAUGAGUUUUCAUGAAAAUUGGCAAUGCCGAAGUAAAUGUUUAUAAAGAUGUGACGUCUGUUUUCAGAACGUGUCGAUUCUUCAUGGACAGUUAUUUUAUCUAAUAUCUCUCGCCAAUAACUUAUCUUAAAA